CAUAUGUAGCUGUUAGUUUUGACUCAAAAAGAAGGUGGACUGCGCCAGUGUUUUUUUUUGUAUAUUUUCCGCAGCCUUAUAAUUCCAACUCCAGCAAUUCCAUCUCAAAGUCAAGUGCCAAGUGCGGCUCCAUCUAAAUGGGUGAUAACCAAAUAUGUGACAUUAGCAAUGAGGUGCUUGAGGAACUGAAAAAGUUUCGCUUUCGCAAGAGCAAAAACAACUCGGCUCUGAUAUUGAAAAUCGACCGGGAGAAGCAAUCCGUUGUGCUCGAUGAAUUUAUUGAUGAUAUAUCUGUCGAUGAGCUGCAAGACUCACUGCCCGGCCACCAGCCCCGCUAUGUGAUCUACACAUACAAAAUGGUGCACGACGAUCAGCGUGUCUCGUAUCCGAUGUGCUUCAUAUUCUAUACACCGCGCGACAGUCAAAUAGAGCUGCAAAUGAUGUACGCCUGCACGAAGAGCGCUCUGCAACGCGAGGUGGAUCUGACUCGGGUCUACGAGAUACGCGAACUCGAUGAAUUGACCGAGGAGUGGCUGAGGGCCAAGCUCAAGUAGUUAGUAGUUCCUGCUUACUACUACUCCAGCCGUUUUAUAAAGCAAUAUUUUACGAGUAGUUUUUCUAAUUACAUAUGCAUGCCACAUAUAUAUGUUGUAUGGAUGCAAAUAUUUUGAGUGGAGCCGAAGCAAAUACCAACGAUAACGAUACAUACCAAUACCAAACAAACCAAUAUAUAUAUAUAUUUAUAUAUAUAAUAAUGACAAUUUUUUCAAUUUACACUACAAUCGUAUACAUAGCAUUGAGAUACAUACAUAAUUAUCAAUAUGAUUACAUUUAAAUAAUGUAUAUGUAAUGACUUUUAAGUGAUUUUAGUUUGUGCAUUUAAGUGUGAGUAUUGAAAUAAUGAAAUAUCAAUUGACAUUAGCCAUGAUCUUAUAGAAGCUGUGCUUGCCAAAUUUAUAUUCAUACAAAUAUAUAUAUUUAUUGUACAAAACGAAUACAAAGCAAACAUGACAAACAAAAAGAAAAAAACAAUUCCAUUUUAUAUACUAUGCAUAUAGGCAUAUGUGAUGCUUCAAUAAAAAAG